AGAAGGCCUGGGAGCCAACUUGGACCUGACUGCAGGCCGCCUCCCACCUGAGCCUGUUCCAGGCUCCCAGGGCCCCUGCGUGCCAAGCUGUUUCUUCGCUGUGGAAAGGACAGAGGCCCAGAGAAGCAGAGGAGCCUGGCCCAGGUCACACAGCCCACCCAUGGCAGAACCGUAAGCCCAGGAUGCAGUCCUGAUGCCCCUCCUGGGCUGGGUGGGCCCCCGGUGACCUCUGCAUCACCCUGUGUCAGGAGCCCUGUGCACUGUUGUGAUGCUGUGGCACCAGCACUUGUUAGCAGGUCCCUCUCGCGCCCCUCCCUUCCUGUCUCACGGUCACACACUCCACCUGGAGGAGACCCUGGCCCAGCCAGAGAGGGAGGAGUCCCCUCCCCCACAAACCCUGGCCUCUCCCAAGACUUGGGCAGGUUGCUACAGCAACCAGAGUCUACCUAGGUACCCGCUGCCAGUGUCCCCCGCCCCCGGAAGGGGCAAGCCCCAGGAUGGCGGUGGGGUGGGGGGAGUGGCGGCAAAGGGCAGUGGGCCAGGAGGAGGCAGGGGAGGCUCUGGGAGGCCCAGGCGAGAGGAAGAGCAGCUAGGGCCACCUUCCUGUGUGGUGGGCAGGGGUCAGGGUACCAGUUGGGGAAGGAGCAGGCACUUGUUCUCUCUUUGCACCUGCUGCCUGCUCGCUUGGGAGACCUGGAGGGAAAGUAAAGGCUUAGAGGUGGAGACAGGCGGGCGGUGCUCGUGCCGCCGGGGGAGCUGUCCUGGCUCAGCUCCCCUGUGCCGACCUCGUUCCCCAGCACCCAGUGCUCACAGAGGCAGAGAGUCCCUGAGCUUGGUGUGCUCAUCUCUGAAAUGGGAGGGGGGGAUCACGGUGAUCUUAACCAGGGCUCACCCCCACGGAGGGUUUGGAGCUGCCUCUCCCGUGUCCCUCUCACCCUCCCAAACCCCUGCUGCGCAGCUCGGCCAACCGUCCCCCUCCCCAUCCGUGGGGAGAUCACUGCCAGGACCCAGGCAGGGAGGCGGUGACGGUGCCUUGCGAGCUGCAGUUGCGCUGCCGGGGACGUCAGACCUUAAUGAGCCUCGUCUCUCCAGGUGCCCCAGCCCCAGUCCCCGCAGGCUCUCUGGGAGAAGCAGCCCAGCCCAGCUCCACGGCCAGAUGCCUCCAUUCAAGUUCAGUUCCGAGCUCCAGCCCUUCCUAGCUGUGUGAGCUCGGCUCUCUGUGCCUGUCUCCCUGCCCAGCCCGUCCUCCGACUGCAGCCUCCCUGAUUCACCGGAGCUCCCCGGCCAAUCAGGCCAAACUGCAAGCUGAGAGCCCGUGACUCACGGUCAGCUCAUCCCUGCCCCUCCCCAACCUCCAGCAUCCCCCCCCCCCCCAGGAGGAUAAUAAACAACGUAAUCACAGAAUUAAAAAAUAAUCAGUGGUCAUAAAUAAUGCAGAAUUCCCAG